AUGGGGCAGCACCCAGGGGUGCAGUGCAGGGAGCUGGAUGUGUCUGACACAGCCCAGGCAGUGCCCAACACCCAAGGGGAGCUCGCGGCGCUCUGGCGGCACCGCGGCGCCUGCCGCGAGCCCGGAGCCCGGAGCGCGCGGCGGCGACGCGGCUGGACCGUGCCGGGCACGCUGUGGUGUGGGGCGGGCGACUCGGCGGGGAGCCCCACGGAGCUGGGUCUCUUCCGCGGCCCCGACCGCUGCUGCCGGGAGCACGACCGGUGCGAGGCGCAGAUCGCGGCGCUGGAGUUCAACUACGGCAUCCGCAACUACCGCCUGCACACCGUGUCCCACUGCGACUGCGACGGCAGGUUCCGCCGCUGCCUGCUGGACCUCAAUGACACCAUCUCCAACCUCAUCGGCGUCACUUUCUUCGACCUGCUCGAGGUGCCGUGCUUUGUGCUGGAGCCGAGCGAGGAGUGUGUGCAGUGGCACUGGUGGGGAGGGUGCCAGCGUUACGAGAUGGUGCCCCUGGCCAGGAUGGUGCAGCCACAUCAGUACCACGCGGGUCGCCCAUCGCGGCCGGAGGAGGAGGGGACGAAUGGUGCCACUAGGCAGCCCCCCAGCGAGGGCAGGGGGAAGCGCCCCAGGCUUGGCCGCAAGCGGCUCCGACAGAGGCUGGGACAAAACCCGCAGCUCCCGGGGCAGCAGCAGAGACUCGUGACGGUGCCGCCGCAGCGGAGCCCCGGGGCGCCGACUCCCGCACUGCCUAGAGGGGAGGCUGAGCCCGCAACCGGGUCCCUGCCGGCGCCGGGGCCUCCCGCAGCAGUGGCCGUGCGGGAGCAGGACUCCGGGGGARGGCAGGAGGUGGGGGCAGCGCAGGAAGCGGGUACGGGCUCAGCACAGCCCACCUGCGCGGCCGCGUGUGAAGGAGACGGCGGCGGAGCCAGCAGGGCCGCGGAGCCGCCCGGAGCAACCGCGGUGCCGCCUCCGCAGCAGGGUGAGUCGCGGCCGGGGACACGAGGAGGGUUUUGCCAAGACGGAACGGGGCCGCCCCUGCCCGCGAGGGGCCCGCGCGCUGCAGGUGUCCCUGGCCGCUUCCUCGCAGGCCGCGGCCGGCCGUGCAGUUGCUUCAAGCGCUUGGACAAGUGCGAGCAGCAGAUCGCGCCGCGCCAGGCCAAGCACGCGCUGCACAACGCGGACACCCGCACCCUCUUCCACUGCAACUGCACGCGCAGGUGGGUGCCCUGGGCGCGGGGCGCGCGGGGCGCGCGGGCGGCGCUGCCCUGCGUGGCGGCGGCCCGGGCUCUGCUCCUGCCCGCUUGGCAUCUCUGGAGCUCCCUGGGGCGCUGGGGACCCCUGCCCGCGAGCACCCUGGCGAAGCAGCGAGAGCAGCGGGCACAGGACGGCGGCGGGCGGCUCUACCCGCGCUGCCUGCGGCUGCCGUCGCAACGGAGCGGGGACGCCCGGCCCGCCGUGACAGCCCCGUGA